AGUUCCUAAAAAGAAAAAAUUGUAGUAUUAGUUACGCAAACUGUACAUCACAUUCAGGAAGCUGAUAACGUUAUUGUUAUGGAUAGUGGAAAAAUCAAAUCCAUCGAAAAACCUACCGAAUUACCUCUAGACAAAUUGACAGAAAUAAUUGGUAAGGAUGAUGAAAUGGAAAAAGAAGUAAUUGAGGAAACGAAGGAAGUAAAAGUUGAGAAAAAGGAGGAAGUGGAAAGUAAUGGUGAAAACGUACAAUUGCUUGAAGCAGAAGCUAGCAACAAGAAAAUCUACCACGAAGUUAAGAAGAAGGGCGAUGUCAGCUUUUCGGUCUAUAAGAAAUAUUUCAGAUUUGGUGGAGGUCUGUGCCUGUUUGGAUUUAUUGCUAUUGUAUUUAUAGCAUCUCAAGGAACGGAGACGUUUUCAGAAAAGCUUAUUGCUAUGUGGAUCGAUUCUCAACAAAAGGAACAAGACUUAUUUGCCACAAAUCAAACUGACACCGAAGAAUUCGAGCAGACAGUAUAUAAUAAAAAUUACUACAUAAUACUCUACUCUGUAAUGCUGGGAUCCUCCUCACUUCUCUUAUUGGGCAGGGCUUAUUUGCUCUUCGAUUACUGCAGGAGGGCCUCGAUAAGGCUUCACAAAGCAAUGUCCUCUACGGUGAUCAAUGCUGUGAUGUCGUUCUUCGAUACGAACUUUAUCGGAAACGUAUUGAAUAGGUUCUCUCAAGAUCUGAUAAACAUCGAUGAAUUUUUGCCGUGGACCUUAUCAGAAUUCUUUAGG